UGUCUAUGUUUGGAGUUUGGUUUCCCGGUUAGUGUUUUGUCAGACUCUGGAUGUGCUGGUGGUUGGAGGGGAAACCGGCUGGACCAUGUCGGCCUUCGAGAAGCCUCAGAUCAUCGCCCAUAUCCAGAAGGGCCUCAACUACACGGUAUUUGACUGUAAAUGGGUGCCCUGCAGCGCCAAAUUUGUGACCAUGGGCAACUUCGCCCGGGGCACCGGCGUCAUCCAACUGUACGAGAUCCAGCACGGAGACCUAAAGCUGCUUCGGGAGAUUGAAAAGGCCAAACCCAUUAAAUGUGGAACAUUUGGUGCAACAUCUUUACAGCAGAGAUAUUUAGCUACUGGAGAUUUUGCUGGAAACCUUCAUAUAUGGAAUUUGGAAGCUCCAGAGAUCCCAGUAUAUUCCGUAAAGGGCCAUAAGGAAAUUAUAAAUACCAUAGAUGGUGUAGGUGGACUGGGAAUUGGGGAAGGCGCACCAGAAAUUGUGACUGGCAGCCGAGAUGGAACUGUGAAGGUGUGGGACCCAAGACAAAAAGAUGAUCCUGUUGCUAAUAUGGAACCUGUACAAGGAGAAAACAAGAGAGACUGUUGGACUGUGGCAUUCGGCAAUGCUUAUAAUCAAGAGGAACGUGUUGUUUGUGCUGGCUAUGAUAAUGGGGAUAUCAAACUGUUUGAUCUCAGAAAUAUGUCGUUGCGGUGGGAGACAAACAUAAAAAAUGGGGUAUGUAGCUUGGAGUUUGACAGAAAAGACAUAAGUAUGAAUAAGUUAGUAGCUACAUCACUAGAAGGAAAGUUUCAUGUUUUUGAUAUGAGAACACAGCAUCCAACGAAAGGUUUUGCUUCUGUUUCAGAGAAGGCUCAUAAAUCAACUGUGUGGCAGGUCCGACACCUGCCACAGAACAGAGAGCUCUUUCUGACAGCUGGAGGUGCCGGCAGCCUUCACCUCUGGAAGUACCCAGUCUGCACUCCCCAUUAGGCUCUGCCUGUGUCCUUAGCUAAGCCAUGCAGCAGCGCGUCACUAUUCUGCCUGGGAACCAAACUCCUUAGGCUGCUUCUUUGAAGAACUGGUUCCCGUUUCUUUGUAAUCCACGUAUGGAGUUGUAUUCCAUGUGAUGUGCAAACACAUUUACAGCUAGAAUGUUUGAUGAUUGGCGACUUGUGUGUAAUUAGAAAUUGGAAGUUUAUCUCAGUAUGAACUUUAAUCCUUACCAGAACAGAUAUCUAGUAUAAUCUUCAAACUGGUUUGGAGAUUUGCUGUCGGCGUAUUACCAGCAAAAGAGAUUUGGUUUAAGUAAAAUGAUACUUAGCUUUUUUUCCAUUUGCCAGUCUCCCUUGGUAGUAGUGCAGUUAAAUUCUGUUACUGAGCACACGAGAGUUCCUAGAACAUCUUAUCUAGUUAAUUCAGAAAGUGUUUUUUGAAUGAAUGGACCCCAACAAGCUGAUUUUUUUGUGUGUAUAUUUGAAACACACACACACACAAACACCCAUAUAUUCUCUUUAUUGGUAUAAAACAACAUUAGAAAGAUUCUUUAAGUAGUUAUCAGUUGUAGUAAUCAACAUAGAAGUAAAAAUAGAGCUACUGGUCUAUAUGCUUGUAAACACAGUGUGGAGAAUGCUAAGAUUUCUCUCCUUACUACUCUGGCCUUGUUCGCAGUGAAUACCCUAUUCAGCGGUCAAAGAAAGAUUCUGAGGGAGUAGAGAUGGGAGUUGCGGGCUCCGUCAGCCUUCUGCAGAAUGUCACCUUGUCUACUCAGCCCAUUUCCAGUUUGGACUGGAGUCCAGAUAAAAGGGGCCUCUGCAUCUGUAGUUCAUUUGAUCAAAUGGUAAGAGUAUUGAUUAUUACAAAACUCCAUAAAAUUUGAUCUGAAGACUUAGGACUUGAAACCUUCCAGAGGAACACUCCUAGUAUUU